AUGGCACCUCAUGGCGACGCCAUUGUUACCUCUUACAAUCACCCACAUGCAUUCAACAAGCCACGAAGACUUGCAUCUGAAGGACUCAAACGCACCAUGUCAGACAUGUCAUUUGAGUUGAGCAAAGAAGCCAUUGAUAUCAAGUCCUUGACCACAAUCUCCGAGGUGGUGGAUGCCAAGUGUGAAUGUUGUGGCAUGAUUGAAGAGUGCACGCCAGAGUACAUGGAAAAGGUGCACAACAGGUAUUAUGGUAAGUGGAUAUGCGGGCUGUGUUCAGAAGCAGUGAAGGAAGAGAUGGAGAAAAAUGGAGGGAACAAAGAAGAGGCCUUGAGUAGUCAUAUGAACACAUGUGUUCGCUUCAAUAAACGCGAUAGGGCUUACCCGGUUCUAUGUCAAGCUGAGGCCAUGAGAGACCUGUUGAAGAAGACUAGACUUAGGGGUAAAUCUUUAAGUCCGAGAGACCAUGUGAAAAAUGGUGGAAUUGCAAGGAGUUCAAGCUGCAUUCCUGCCAUUACUAAGGAGAUCAAUGGCGUCAACAAUCAAUAA